UCCCUAGUCGCAGUGGCGAGCCCCGCCCCUUGCGUGACAGAGGCGUAAGAGGCGCGGCUUUGGAGCCGGCUCUUUCCGGUGACGCCACUUCCGUUUCUGCCACACCUGACGUCAGAUCCCGGGCCUGGCGCAGGCGGGGCCGGUUUGAACGAAAAUGGCAGUUAACGUUUAUUCCACCUCAGUGACAAGUGACAACUUGAGUCGACAUGACAUGCUGGCCUGGAUUAACGAGUCGCUACAGUUGAACUUGACAAAGAUAGAACAGCUUUGCUCAGGUGCUGUUUACUGCCAAUUUAUGGACAUGCUCUUCCCUGGCUCCGUAACACUCAAAAAAGUGAAAUUCCAGGCAAAGUUGGAACACGAAUACAUCCAAAAUUACAAGGUCCUACAAGCAGGUUUUAAGCGGAUGGGUGUUGACAAAAUAAUCCCUGUGGACAAAUUAGUGAAAGGAAAAUUCCAAGAUAACUUUGAAUUUGUUCAGUGGUUCAAAAAAUUCUUUGAUGCAAACUAUGAUGGGAAGGACUACGAUCCGGUGGCAGCUCGGCAAGGCCAGGAGACAGCGCCGACCCCGCCGAUGGUGGUCCCGAUUCUGAAUAAGCCUAAGAAGAACCUUGCUCCUUCCGGCACAGAUGCCAUUUUCGUGCAAUCUUCAGAGCUGAAAGCAGCAAGAGCAGAGCCCACUGCUGCCACCAGAACUCCAAAGAAAACUGCUCUGAUUGCUCCAACAAGACCCAUGGUUGCGCAGAGAACAACAGUGGCGAACAAAACUGCACCUGGGAUGGUGAAAAAGGCUCCUGCUGGAAUUGGAGAGGACGAAUCUGCCGAACUGAUUCAGCAGAUCAACGUAUUAAAGAUGACAGUGGAAGACCUGGAGAAGGAAAGAGAUUUCUACUUUGGGAAACUGAGGAACAUUGAGCUGAUUUGCCAGGAGAACGAAGGGGAGAGCGACCCCGUUCUGCAGAGGAUUGUGGAGAUUCUUUAUGCCACCGAUGAAGGCUUUGUGAUACCGGAUGAAGGAGCACCACCAGAAGAGCAAGAAGAAUAUUAAUGGUCCACCGACUUUACCAGCAGAGCAGCAGAAGCGUCAGAAUUCAGAAAUCAGAAUUCUUUGCCCCAAUCAUGUGCUUAUCUGUAAAAAAAAUACUCCAUUGUAUUCUUAGAGGACUCACUGGUUUCUUUUCAUAAUUAAAAACAAAAAAAUAAGUACCUCUUCAAGUGCACUUUGCGUAAGUUUAACUACUCCCCUUUCCCCUUCCAAUGGGUUUUAUUUGAGAGCUCUUUUCUCACUCUUGUUGGCAGAGCAGUAUUAACAUCUUAUUAGAUGGUGUCAGUUGGAAGCAAGAGGUUGUUGCAUAUGCGGAGUUCGGCGGAGUUGCUUGUUUUGUGCCGGCGUCGAAGCGCCGGUUUGUGGAGAGGAUUUCCUUUUAUUUUUAUUUUUUUUCCGGGUUGCUGUAUUGUGCUUUUUGUGGGCGGCUGAGAGAGGAGAAGUAGUGUGUCGAUGGAGCUGUUUUUUUGGGCCUGAAGGAAGGUUUUGAGCAAAAGAAGAGAGAGCAAAAGUGUGUGGGUUCCAGUGAAAAAGAGAUGCCUUAAAGUGGGGCUGGAAAGAAGGCUUCCAGAUGCCAAAUUCGAAGCAAUGUUGAUGAGAGGAGAUGUUACGUGCUCUAAAUGGGGCCAGGGAGGGAGGGACAGAGAGGGAAAUUUGGCCUUUGUUUUCGUAAAUCGAUUUCAAAAGGAGCCACAAUGAUUCUGUCCGCAGAGAUAAAGAGAAAGGAGACCUUGCUUGUCUCGUUCCGAAGGUAGUUUGGUUGUGGUUCAGAUGCCCAAAAGGCCUUUUAAAUUUUUGCCGAGGAGUGUCUGCUUUCUUCCAAAGCAAUAAGGCUGUCGCUAUGAAAUUAUUUUCCCGACCACCUGCUGCUUCCGUGUUAGCAGUCCUUUGAAUUUAGUGGCUCUUUCCGAUCCUUUCUGCACUCCUUCUCCUUCCUCUUCUUCCAAGCCUGACGAUCUAGACUCUAAAUGCAGGCAUGGGCAAACUUGGGCCCUCCGGGUGUUUUGGACUCCAACUCCCACCAUUCCUAGCAGCCUACCGGCUGCUAGGAAUGGUGGGAGUUGGAGUCCAAAACACCCGGAGGGCCCAAGUUUGCCCAUACUUGUUUUAAUGGAUCGAAUUGUUUGCAGUGCUGCGCUGAGACCGUUCCAGAUCUCCGGCUUCUGUCCCUUUGUACGUCCUUCUUUUUAGCCUUUGCCACGGCUCCGUGGAGAAAAGCGGAUUGGUGCGCGUUAUAACUUGAAAUUUUGAUGCUGGCGUGGAUUUUGGUUAUGAUUCCAGCUUCCCGUUUCCCGUUCCUCGCCCCCCGUUUUCCCCCCAUAUAUCCACCCGAUUGCUGCUCUUUUGGGAAGAGGGCCUUUUUUUCGAGACGUUGGCCAAGGCUAAGCCUCUGCGCUUAGGUGUGUGCGCUUUGUUUUGUUUGCUUCCGGUGGUUAUAAUAAACGUGUCCUUUUUAAGUGUGUGUAGGAAACGAAGCAAAAGCAUUUUAUGGUUAAAUAACUGUUGUUGUAGUGCAUGAAAUUCAUUUCCCUAAGGAAGAAAAAAAAAAUUAAAUGCGAAUGAAUUAAUUUCAGAGGAAGACCCAAAUCCAACAAAUGCCAAAUAAAAAAAAAGCAAGCCAUUAUUUAAUUUAAAAAAAGACAAAGACAUCGGAGGUGCUAUUUCUUCUCGUGGCCUUCUAGAUAACUUGUUGCCCUCAACCAUUAUUCCACCCAGACUCCUCUUGACAGGGUUUUUUCUACUUCUAAGCCGUUUCUAAAUAAAGUUCUGUUAUUUCAAAGAA